AUGGACGCCUUCAAGGGGGGCAUGAGCCUGGAGCGGCUGCCGGAGGGGCUCCGGCCGCCGCCGCCGCCGCCGCACGACAUGGGGCCCGCCUUCCACCUAGCCCGCGCCGCCGACCCCCGCGAGCCGCUCGAGAACUCCGCCAGCGAGUCGUCCGACACGGAGCUGCCAGAGAAGGAGCGCAGCGGGGAACCCAAGGGGCCCGAGGACAGCAGUGCGGGCGGCGCAGGCUGCGGCGGUGUUGAGGACCCCGCCAAGAAGAAGAAGCAGCGGCGGCAACGCACGCACUUCACAAGCCAGCAAUUGCAAGAGCUGGAGGCCACGUUCCAGAGGAACCGCUACCCGGACAUGAGCAUGCGGGAGGAGAUCGCCGUGUGGACCAACCUCACCGAGCCACGCGUGAGGGUCUGGUUCAAGAACCGGCGAGCCAAGUGGCGGAAGCGCGAGCGUAACCAGCAGCUGGACCUGUGCAAGGGCGGCUACGUGCCGCAGUUCAGCGGCUUGGUGCAGCCCUACGAGGACGUGUACGCCGCUGGCUACUCCUACAACAACUGGGCCGCUAAGAGCCUGGCACCAGCGCCGCUCUCCACCAAGAGCUUCACCUUCUUCAACUCCAUGAGCCCGCUGUCGUCGCAGUCCAUGUUCUCGGCCCCCAGCUCCAUCUCCUCCAUGACCAUGCCGUCGAGCAUGGGCCCGGGCGCUGUGCCCGGCAUGCCCAACUCGGGCCUCAACAACAUCAACAACCUCACCGGCUCCUCGCUUAACUCGGCCAUGUCACCGGGCGCCUGCCCGUACGGCACACCCGCUUCGCCCUACAGCGUCUACCGGGACACGUGCAACUCGAGCCUAGCCAGCCUGAGGCUCAAGUCAAAGCAGCACUCGUCGUUCGGCUACGGCGGCCUGCAGGGCCCGGCCUCGGGCCUCAAUGCGUGCCAGUACAACAGCUGA